AAAUGAAAACUCAGUCUGCUGAGAAUUUUCAUAAGAGCUAAAACAAAUUUGAGACAACGAACGCACCUCAAACAUGUCGAGCCUAAGGAGAAUGAAGGACGCGGAACGCGAAUCCGAAUACGGACGCGUGUUUGCCGUCUCUGGGCCAGUUGUUACGGCGGAGUGCAUGUCCGGCUCUGCUAUGUACGAGCUGGUGCGUGUGGGAUACUAUGAGCUGGUCGGUGAGAUCAUUCGUCUGGAGGGUGACAUGGCCACCAUUCAGGUGUACGAGGAAACCUCUGGCGUCACAGUCGGUGAUCCCGUGCUGCGCACUGGAAAGCCUCUCUCCGUUGAACUGGGUCCCGGUAUUAUGGGCAGCAUUUUUGAUGGCAUUCAGCGUCCACUGCGCGACAUUGGCAUCAUGACCAGCUCCAUCUACAUACCCAAGGGUGUUAAUACACCUGCCCUUUCACGCGACGUCAUGUGGGAGUUUAAUCCCUUGAAUGUACGUGUUGGUUCCCACAUCACGGGCGGCGAUGUUUACGGUAUUGUCCAUGAGAACACUUUGGUCAAGCAGAAGAUGCUUGUGGCACCUCGUGCCAAGGGAACAGUGAGAUAUGUUGCUCCCGCGGGCAACUACAACCUCAACGAUGUGGUGCUGGAAACGGAGUUCGAUGGCGACAUUACGAAGCAUACAAUGUUGCAGGUGUGGCCGGUGCGACAGCCACGUCCCUGCACAGAGAAGCUUCCGGCAAAUCAUCCACUUUUCACGGGACAACGUGUCUUGGAUUCGCUGUUCCCUUGUGUUCAAGGCGGCACCACGGCCAUUCCCGGUGCCUUCGGUUGCGGCAAGACUGUCAUCUCACAGGCGCUGUCCAAGUACUCCAAUUCCGAUGUCAUCGUCUACGUCGGCUGCGGCGAGCGUGGCAAUGAGAUGUCUGAGGUACUUCGAGAUUUCCCGGAACUCACCUGUGAAAUCGGUGGCGUUACCGAGUCCAUCAUGAAGCGAACUGCCCUCGUGGCCAAUACCUCCAACAUGCCUGUCGCUGCUCGUGAGGCUUCCAUUUACACUGGCAUCACGCUGUCCGAGUACUUCCGUGACAUGGGCUACAACGUGGCCAUGAUGGCGGAUUCCACCUCCCGUUGGGCUGAAGCCUUGCGUGAAAUCUCGGGUCGUCUCGCCGAGAUGCCUGCCGAUUCCGGCUAUCCAGCCUAUCUGGGUGCUCGUCUGGCCACCUUCUACGAACGCGCUGGACGCGUCAAAUGCUUGGGUAAUCCCGAGCGCGAGGGCUCCAUCUCCAUUGUGGGUGCAGUCUCGCCACCAGGUGGUGACUUUUCCGAUCCCGUGACCUCUGCUACACUGGGUAUUGUGCAGGUGUUCUGGGGUCUCGACAAGAAACUUGCACAACGUAAACAUUUCCCCUCCAUCAACUGGCUCAUCUCCUAUUCAAAAUAUAUGCGUGCUCUGGAUGAAUAUUAUGACAAGAACUUCCCUGAAUUUGUGGCACUGCGUUCGAAGGUCAAGGAGAUUCUGCAGGAGGAGGAGGAUCUAUCUGAAAUUGUGCAAUUGGUGGGCAAAGCAUCGCUAGCCGAGACUGAUAAAGUGACGCUGGAGGUGGCCAAACUGCUCAAGGAUGACUUCUUACAACAGAAUUCCUAUUCGCCAUAUGAUCGAGUGUGUCCUUUCUAUAAAACCGUCGGCAUGCUGAAGAAUAUCAUGGCUUUCUAUGAGACGGCGCGUCAUGCUGUUGAAUCCACAGCUCAAUCGGACCAUAAAAUAACAUGGAAUACUAUUAGGGAGUCCAUGGGUGGCAUUAUGUAUCAGCUCUCCUCAAUGAAGUUCAAGGAUCCAGUUAAAGAUGGCGAGCAGAAGAUCAAGGCGGACUUUGAUCAGCUGCAUGAGGAUCUGCAGCAGGCCUUCCGAAAUCUGGAGGAUUAGACAACAAAUACAAAAGAAAAAAAAAACCAAAACUUAAAAACCAAAACGAAAUAAGCAACCAAAGUUAGGUUAUUAUUCGAAUUCCCCCAUCAAAGCUAGUCAUAUAUACAUAUUGAAUAAUAAGAUAUUUGAAAAACAAUUUUAUUUUUAAGCUAAACAGUUUAGAACGGUUGCGUCAGGCUGGACUUGGUAUGAUACUAUACAGUGAAUACAAUGAAUAAUAGCUAAAAUGAGAAUUUUCAAAUCAGAUAAGGAAAAGUUGAACAAUAAUUAGCCGAUAACGCAAAAAUGGAAAAAUGUCCAGCCAUAUAAAUAACACCCACAGAAAUACACGUACACAUAUACAUACAUAUAUAUACUGUCUAUGUUGAUAUAUAUAUGGUUACAUAUAUAAUUAUUGUAAUUCACAGCUACUAUUUUUAUUGUUAGUAAAUGAUAAAUGAAAUUCGUCAAAAUCGUAAAGUUAUCUAAUUGUGUUCUCUACGUAACUGUAACUACAAAACUACUAACAAUUUAUUUAAUGUUUUUUUGUCAUUGCGUGUUACAACAUGUUGGUUACAAUACGAAAUUAUAAUAUUAUUAAAUAUUAUAGUCCUUUACAAAACGCAAUAAUUACGUAGUCCAAAUGCAUAUAUACCUUAUAACUAAUAACUUUUGUGCGUGUUGCAAAUGGAGCUAUACAAAUAAAAAUGUAUUAUGAAUGUUAAAAUUAGCAAA